AAAAAACCCUAGCCUCCCUCUCCCUCUCACUCUCGCCCUCUCUGGCCAUUAAGCAAAAUCCCUAGCUUCAAACACGCUUCUUUCUCUACUCGCUGCUUCCUCAAAUUAUUGAUCAGUUUUGCUAGGGUUUGUAAUUUUGAAGAAGCGCCAUGAGGAGGAGGAAGGAGAGGCAGAGAGCUAAGGUUGAGGACGAAGAGGAUCUUGAAAACGACAAGAUGGCUGCGUCGUCUUUGGUCAUUUUGAGCAGUGACGAUGAAGAAGCGAACGAGGAUCUGACUCUCAAGAUCGAGGAGAAGGCCCAACGUAUGCGUGAGGCGAAGCUGCUCCAGAACGGUGUCGUAGUAUUGCACGGUGACGGUGACGGUGACUGUGGUGGUGAUGUCGGUCUGGAAAAUGAAGUGAUUGAGAUGAAGAAUAAGAAAAAGAAUGUUGAGAAAAUUGAAUCCGGGUAUCAAAUUGCUAUUACAUCAGAAGAGCAAGAGAGAAGCGAAGCGAUCAAAGCCAGUGAAACAAAUGAGUCUCCUGAAGCAAGUGCGGUUCAGAUGAGUGACAAUAGUGUUCUACGAAAGCUGCUUCGGGGCCCGAGGUAUUUUGAUCCUCCUGAUAGUAAUUGGGGAACGUGUUUCAAUUGUGGUGAAGGAGGUCAUACUGCAGUGAACUGUAAAGCAGGGAAACGCAAGAAACCAUGCUUUGUAUGUGGAAGUUUGGAGCAUGCUGCAAAAAAAUGCACGAAGGCACGAUACUGCUUCAUCUGCAAGAAAAGUGGUCACCGUGCCAAUGACUGUCCGGAGAAGACCACUGGUGGGUCUAAAAGUUCAGUAUUCUGUUUUAAGUGUGGGAAUUCGGGGCAUGAUAUGUUUCAAUGCAAGAAUAGUUAUUCAUCGGAUGAUCUUAAGGAAAUACAAUGUUAUGUUUGCAAAGCAUUUGGCCAUUUAUGUUGUGUUGAUUCCGAUGAUGGUCCGAAAUGGGAAGUUUCUUGUUACAAAUGUGGUCAAUUAGGCCAUACUGGCUUGGCAUGUUCAAGGUUACGUGAAGAGACAACUGGUGCAACCACACCUAGUUCGUGCUUCAAGUGUGGUGAAGUAGGACAUUUUGCUCGGGAAUGUACCAGUUCUAUGAAGGUACCAUCGGAAGAGACCACUAAUGCAGGCACACCUAGUUCAUGCUUUGCAUGUGGUGAAGAAGGACAUUUUGCACGUGAAUGUACAAGUUCAUCCAAGGCAAGGAAGAAGAAUCGCCAAUUAUUGAUGUCUCCAAGAUCUCGCAAGGAGAAAGAUUUCAAGGAAUAUGGGUCUGCACCUCCUGAUAUGGGUAAGGCUCAUAAAAGGAAAAAGAUUCGCAAUGAAGAUAUCGCUGUAAGCACUUCUCGAAAAUCAAGGCGUCUGGGUGAUUGGAUGAAUGGUGCCCUUGAAGAGUUUCCUUCAAAGUUCAAAGAAAGAGGUGUAAUCACUCCCAAGAAAUCAAAACGGAGAGGUGGUUGGAUGAACGAGGAUCCAGGAGACUAUGCCUCGCCAAAGUCUAAUGGAAAAUGGAAGCCUAGAGGUGGUUGGAUAACUGAAGAUCCUGAAGAACACUAUCCUAGAAAGUUCAACAACAGAUGGAUGACUCCUCCUGCAACACCUCCUAGGUGGAAGUCAUCCAAUCAUGCUGGAUCCUCAGGAUCAAAUACUUUUCAGCCAAGGUGGAACUGGAAAUCAUUCAACCAUGCUGGAUCCUCAGGAUCAAAAGGAUCAACCACUCCUUAUCAGCCUAGAUUUUCGUCAUCGAGGUUUGACAGCACUGGCACCAAUCCACGUCCACCACCAAGGUAUGACCGGGGGUACUUUCCAUAAUUUUGUAACCUGGAUAUAUCCCUGUUUGUCAUAUUACCUUACAAAAGCAUUUGCAAGUUGGAAGUUAAUCAAUUAUAUUAUUUUUUAAAAUUUUAUUCUUCUUUUGAUACCAUCCUUUUCCUUUGGGUUUGGCCUUUUAUUCGUCGAUCCCCCUAAACGUUCGUUCUAUUUACUUGUGUAUGUAAAUAUGUUGCACAACCUUUUAUUAAACGGGGAUUGAGAAUUGUUA